AUGUCCAGCAGUGACGACGAUAUGGAGUAUUCCGACGAGGACGAGGAGUUAGGCCCUGUCCAGCGUAAAUGGCCUUUUGGAGGGAAGGGCAAGUCUGUUGACGUUCCGGCCCCCGUAGGCUCGGGCUGCCUGGAAAUUAACACAGUUCUGGCUCGAGCAAGUACCUUAGCUGGAGAAUAUACGUUUGGUGGGUUGGCAGACACGUUGCCUGCAAUUCCUGGACUCGUUGUCGAAGGAGUGGGGGCGAUCUCCGUUCCUCUAACAGAAGAAAACGCUGAGAAACUCAUUGCAAAAGCCGAAAAAUCUCCGUUUGGUCACAAUUUUGACACCAAAUUGGAUGAGAAUGUUCGCAAGAGCUGGCAGCUCUCACCAGACCAAGUUCAGUUCACGAAUACGCAGUGGCAGAUUGGAAUCGACAAACUUACCAAAAACAUUGCAGAACGUUUGGGCUACACCUCGAUCCCGAUGCAAAGUACUCUUUACAAGAUGCUGAUUUAUGGGGAAGACGGCCACUUCCUCAAGCAUCAAGAUACAGAGAAGGAGGAUGGAAUGGUGGCGACUUUGGUGGUCCAACUUCCCAGCACUCAUGAAGGAGGCGACUUGGUAAUUUAUCGAGGUGGGGAAGUAAAAUAUCGCCAUGAUUUCGGCAAAAAGGAGGGCACUUCUGGUUUCCUUCCCCACUACGCGGUUCACUAUGCCGACGCAGAACAUGCUUUGGAGAAGGUGACGAAAGGGGUUCGCCUUGUGCUCGUAUACUCAAUUUGCUUGCCACUGCACAUGCAGCAUAUGAAGAAGAAUAGCGACAAGCUUUUGAGUGACGAACUCGCUGAAGCCUACAGCAAAUUGGGGCUCGAGGAGUCUUUUGCGCUGCUGCUAUCGCACGAGUAUACGGAGAAGAGUAUUAGAGGCUUAGGCUCUGGUGCUUUGAAAGGUAUCGAUCGAUCGAGGUACGCAGCACUUGAAGACGCAAACUCCAUUGUCUCUGCCGACAAGAAGCUUCAGUUUUUUAUCGCUGAAAUGAAGCAUGAGAUUCAGUAUUACUCAAUUGACGGACGAGAGGAUACGACUACGUGGUACUCUACGACUGGACAGCGAUUUGGGACCACAAAAUCGACAACGAAGAUAAAUUUCUUGAAUCCAGGGAGCGAAAACUACUACGAGUUGUGGAGGACGCACGGCAGCUGCGAAAUGGAGGAGUACACAGGAAACGACGGUCCUACGAUGGAAACAACGUACUCUCGGUAUGCGGUCAUUGCGUGGCCUGGGGAGAAGGCAGUGGAAAAGACACUGGAGUGUAUCAAUUCACAAGCUGCGAUUCACAUUUUGCACAGUCAGAAGUCGGGUGGUGUCGAAGCGCUCCGUCGGUUAAUGGAAGCGCUUCAAUCGGAGCUGAAGGCAAAGAUUGGGCCUCAGCUGAUAGCUCCCGAGCUGUGUCAAGAGCUAUGUCAGCUGCUGGUGGAAGCUCGUGACGUGGGACUGGUCCAGCUGUUCAUUAGCGAGAUUUUCACAAAAAUAAGUUCUCUUCUGAGUGAGAAGACGGCCAUGGCUCCUGCCGUUGCCAAGCUUUUGCAGGCGUUUGAGUGGAAAGAAGUUGGUGAAGCUUUUCUAAACUCACUGGAUGCGCUUAGUAAUAAUGAUUCCAUGCUGAUGGCACUUCGCGUCGCCGACACUGUGACCAACGCACCCGCUCGGAAUGCUCUACUGCAACGAGCGGUUGAGAACGUAGCGGAACUUAAUGAUGAGCUGUUAAACGUACCGGGAGCUGUCGGAUUCCUGUGGAAAUUUGGUCUCGCGUUUGAAAACGUCGACUUUGAUGCUGUGGCAAAAGUUUUCAAGACUGCAGAUCCCAGUCGUCUGGGCCAAGUCAUUGAAGACGCUUCACCACAUUUGGACAAUGCAAAUCACUCGAGCGAUAUGUUUGCUGUCCUGGUAUCGAUUGCAUCCAAACGCAUCGCGUGGCUGCAAGAUAAAAUCCAAGGACUCGACAAGCCUUUCUCGUGGGAAAUGCCUGAGGCCGAGUUUGCUGUAAAUGCCAAGGUGCAGGAGUUCUUACGAGGCCCCGACAGUUCAAUGGUUACCAAGGACGUGGUGACUUUCAAGACGCUUCAAGGUGCCCGGAACUACGCUGCGAAAUGCUCACACAAAUACCAAGUGAAGGCUUCAUUUGUUAUGGAAGCUUCUGUACAAAAUGGUAUUGCUUUCGUGACUAUCACAAAAACAAAGUCAUGGUUCUCAGAGCAUCAGCACUUGUUGCUGCUGCAAAAGAAAGAGCUGGAUACUCUGAUGGACUGCUAUGAGGAGACAAUUGCCAGCACUGCAUCGAAAAAGCCACGUUUGGAGAAGUAA